GAACAUGCUCCGUCUUGAACUUUAAAGACCAAGUGUCUCUGUGAGUGUGUGUGUUUCUGCUAUGUGUGUGUUAUUAAUAGAGCUUAGAGGACGGACCGAGAAAUGUUUCACAGGUGGUCAGAAACAUGGUUUGAGUUACCAGCAGCCUCAGACGCUUACAUCAGGAAAACUCUCUAACCCUCUCCCCUCUGUUUGUUAUUGUGGUGUGCUUAUAAUUGAGUUCCACAUGCAGGGAAAAAAGGCUAAUAUCCAAACAGUGUCCUCUAGGAGAAAUGUAUUCAGUGUGUCAAAUCCAUAUACUUUACUCUGGAUGUGCACCUGGAAACAGGUUCACAUUCUUUCAGCCCUCAGAUAGGAAGUAUUUAUCAAAAUGAGCUGGCUGUGGUUUGAAUCCAUUGCAUAAACUAAACGGAGGGUAGGGAGGCGUUAUUCCUCCUGCUGAACCUGCUUGGUGCUGCUCAUCUAAUUUUAACCCGCCAGUUCAAAGCGCACACGCACUGAAAGCAACGUUACAAAUCGAGAAGGACGCAACGUGUCUGCAGUGGGACCUUGUGCCACAGGAAAUAUAGAUUACUGCUUUCUUAGAGUAUCAGGAUUACAAGGUUCAACGACCUAAAGAUGAGUGAUCGUACUCGAGCCUCCAGCGUGAGACAGCAUGUCCACUGUGAUUCCUGCUACAGUCGGCGCUGCAGGGCUCGGGUGGAGGUCUCUGUUUGCUGCGCUGUCAUCCCCUGCCGCCUGCUCUGUGGAGCUGUCUUCCACCUGUGCAAAGAGGAGGACCACCUGCUGCUCUGCCCCAACGUGAGGGUGCCCUGCCUCAACGCUGGGUUCGGCUGCCCGCUCCACAUGCCUCGCUCCUCACAGGCAUCUCACCUCCAGGUGUGCCCUGCCAGCCUGGUGUGUUGCUCCAUGGAGUGGAUCCGGUGGCCGAUUGACGAAACAAACCCUCACAGCGAAAUAGCCCUGCAGGAGAACGUGCUGAAGGAAAGUGAAGGGCAGGAGCAGCCUCUAGACCUCGCCAUGGCCCUGGUGGAUCAGACAGACCUUUAUGAACGCCUGGAAAUGAAUCCUAUCUAUCCAGAGUUGAUGGAGGCAGAAGAGGAGGAGAAAAAGAAGGAGAAUAAAGAAGAGGCUGCAAUGGGAGGGUUUGUUAACAGUGACACAGACACAGCUACUAAUGAAGAAAGCAACUCGUGUGGGAGUAAUGUUGUUGAACAGAACGGAUUAGGGCAAAUCUCAGGCCCCUUCAAAGGGACAAACAACCUGUGUGACAUGAUGUUCAGCAUGGAGAGAGGCGGCUGUGCUGCUGCUCAGGCAAACCAAGACAAUCCCAAACAAAACCCAAAGCCCGAAGAGAAGGACACAGAGAAAAAGGAAGCGGCUGCAGACACAGGUCAAAGAGGUCACGCCCCGUGGCAGGAGGGGGUGAUGGAGCGUCUGGGGAACGAGCUCACCCCGCAGGAGUUCAACAUGUACAUGGUGCAUCAUGGCAGCAUGCUGCUUGCCUUCGGGAAAAUCAAGGCCUGCACAGCAAGGGAGGACGAUUUUGUCUACGGCAGCCUGGAGCCAAUUCCAGUCCAAACCCUGCACUCCUUCAAGAUCCCCGACAGCUAUCACUACAGUGGGCGGAGGGUUCAUUACUAUGACUCGACUCGACCUCCGAGCGAGCCCCGCAGUGUGGACACAUCGGACCUCAAGGUCGAUGAAGAGGACUGGUUCAGUGAUGAAGCUGCCGCCACCCUGCUGGGCUACGCUGAGAUAGAGGUCAAGGGUCACAAGAUCAGUGAGUCCAAUGCCGCCGAUGGGAUUUAUGUGGAUGUAGGAACGCAGACGCACUCGUUCCGCAAGGCUCCGUUUAAAGCGAAGACGACCCUGGCGGAAGCGAUGGUGGACCGGCCGCUGAAGCUCCUUCUCCAGCUGCAGUCAGAGAGAGUGAGCGGCAGGAACACCAGAGCCGGCUGUGCCUUCACCUUUCUCUGCGGUCACACCUUCCACCGCAGAGAGUUCGCCACACAUUUCAGGAACGUCCACAGUGACAUCCAGACGAGUCUGAGUGGAUGGUUCGAGCAGAGAUGCCCCCUAUCAUACCUGGGAUGCACCUUCAGCCAGAAGAGGUUUCAGCCCUCCACACAUAAUGCCACCGUCUCCUACAAUCAGCAGCUCAGGAUUUUCAACUUGCGUCCGACACUCGCAGCCUCAGAAGGUGACACCUCCCAGUCGUCCAGGAGCUCAGAGGACCCCUCCACCACUCAGAGGAAGAGAGGAGGUCGGAAAGGGGGAGAUGGGGAAGACUCUCUGAGCAUACUGCCCUUUGAGGUGCUUUGCCACAUGGCCAGUUUCCUGGACAGUCUGUCUCUGUCCCAGCUGGCUCUGGUGUCCCAGCUGAUGAGGCAGGUGAGCUCCUCUCUGCUGCAGGAGAGAGGCAUGGUCACCCUCCGCUGGGAGAAGAAGACAUACUCACAUGGAGGAGCCAAGUGGAGGGCCAAACCUGUAUGGGAGUUCAGUCACUUGUUCUCCUCAGUGGAAUCAUGGCAUAUGGCAGAUGUCCCUCCAAUAUCUGCCCACCUCAAAGUCUGCCCUUACUAUAAGACCUCUCUGAGCAUUGAGCCUGUCCCCCUGCCCAGCAUCAGUGACAAACAGGAGUGCAAGAAGGAGAGGCUUAGCCUCGUCAACCAAGUCACAGGAAGCAAUUGGCAACACUGAAAAUAAUGCUUUUAGUUGUAGCCUAUACCUGCUGUCAGAAUGUAUUUGGGUUUUAUUGUCACUGAUGGCCGAUUACUCUGCACAACUAAAGGGACGAUGUCCAUAAUGUCAUUAAUAAUCAUGUGCUUUGAGCACCAGGAAAAGCGCUAUAUAAAUAAUAUGUAUUAUUAUUAUUUAGCAAACAGAGCCAAUACAUUCAAUACAUUUGAACUUGUACAGUUGUUCUUGUAUUGUCGUAUAAGCAUCACUCCGCCCAGAGAUUGUUCAACAAGAAUGAUAUAAAUAUCACCUUUGCCCUAAAGGAAUAUGUGUCACGGUAGAGCGAAGGAAGCAGGACCCAAAUGCAGAUUAAACUGAUAUACUUUUAAUAGAACUUGGACAGACAGAACACUCACCGGUGAACACAGUCACAUACAAACGAAAGACGAACCGACAAAGACAGACAGAAAAACCAGAACUUAAAUACACACAAGACUAAUCACACAAACAAGACACAGGUGAGGAGGGAGGAGAAAACACAGAGGCACCAGGUGAACACAAUCGGGUAAUCAGAGAGGGAAAACAGACAGAAAGCAACAGGCAGAAAAACGGGGGUGAACAAUUUACAAAAUAAAACAGGAAAC